AAGUCAAUUUAUUUGUGUACGUCACUUUCACUAUCACGAAAUAAUAAUUUUUUUUGCUCAAAAUAAUACAGAAAUAGUGAAUAUUGUUGUAAUAUUACUGCGAACAUAUAAAAUUAGUGAAAAUGGCUGGCAUACCUUUAAUGUAUGCUCAAGAGGACUGUGAAUUGGGAGGCAAGGAUAAUAUCGAAGAUGACUUUGCAUACCGCAACAAUGUGAUCAAUGCAGACAGGGAGAUUCGCCUUGGAUUUAUCCGCAAGGUGUACGGCCUCCUGACUAUACAGCUGCUGGCCACUGUGUCUAUUGCUGCCGUGUUCCUGCUUGUCAAGCCUGUGCAGGGUUUCAUACAUGAGAAUAACUGGAUGGUGUUCAUAGCAUUCAUCCUGAGCAUGGUGACACUGUUCGCACUAAUCGCUAAGAGAAAGGACCACCCUGCCAACUUGUACCUACUAGCCGCCUUUACUGCAGUGCAAGCGUACACAAUAGGCGUUGUGGUGUCCUACUACAACACGGCUGUUGUGCUGCAAGCUCUAACACUCACCUUCACUGUGGUCUUCGCUCUGACUCUCUUCACUCUCAACACCAAACGUGACUUCUCCUUCAUUGGAUAUGGUCUCGGCGCCGGUCUGUGCGUCCUCAUAGUCGGUGGCAUUCUGCAGAUUUUCCUCCAAAGCUCGGCCUUCGAGAUUGCCCUCUCCUUCACAGGCGCCAUCUUCUUCAGUCUCUUCCUCAUCUUCGACACUCACCAGAUGAUGACAGUCCUCUCCCCAGAGGAGUAUAUCCUGGCGACCAUCAACCUGUACAUGGAUAUACUGAACCUCUUUUUAUACAUACUGCGUAUACUUAACGAGUUGAACAGAAAUUAGAGUUUGGGUUAAAGCUCCAAAUAGCACCAAAAUUCUAAGUACACUGUCAAUGUUUUUUUUUUAAAUAAUGAGGUACUCUUUAAUAUCGAUAAAAUGUUGGAUUUUUAAACGUUUUAGCUGUUAGCAUCACUUGUAAACGUGCUGAUCUUUGGUAUGGAGUCACGCAUUUUGAUCUUGUUAAAUCGAUUAAUUUACAAAUUGUUAAAUAUUUAUGUUAUAUUGUAAACAUAAACAUGAGUGAGAGCUUAUUAAAAAAAUUUGACGUCAAUUUGUAUAAUGCCGGCGCUACUUAUAGCUUUAAUUAUUUGGACAUUUAAAUUACUGUCUAUGCACCCUUUUUAUUUAUUGAAUACUGUUUGGCAACCACAUCUUUCCAUGGGCGUAGCCAGAAUUCUGUCUGGGGGGGGGGGGGUUUAAGCUAUACUUAAAUUGAGUAUUUCAUUACAAAUUGAUACUGUCCGACCGAAACUAGUUUUACGGUCGCAACUGAAACCCAAUUUCAGUUUCAGCCUCAGUUUCGUCCGAAACAAAAAUUGCGUUAUCACUUACCAUCAGAUGAGAUUGUAGUCAAGAGCUAACUUGUAAAAAAUAAAAAAAACUGUAGCACAGUGUUUGAGCAGUUAUUUUAACAAAGAUCCAAAGUCCCUUGACAGACAUAGCUUCAUUCAGUGUUUAAUAGUUUGAAGCUAUAUGUAGCGCCGGCAAUUUUGCAAUUUUUUGCAUAAAUUCAUUUAAUUUAGGGUAAAAUAUUGUGUUAUAUGUACCUCACUUUUACAUUGUGAAAAAUAAAAACUGACUUAAAGGUUGACUGGAUAUUGAAAUGUCCUAUCAUACAGUUGACUUUGAUUAUGAAUUUUUAGUUAAUAUUGUUAUAGAUAAUUGCUUUUACAGACUGUGUUACAUUAGGAGCUAUUAAAUAUAUACGUAUUAACCAAAUGCAUUCAUACUAUGUUAUUAAUAUUUUAGCAAACAUUCCACAAAAGAAUAAUUAAUGUAAAUAAUAUGUAAUUUUAUAUUUCGUCAACCACCAAAGUGCAGCUUCACAUACCCUUUAAAGCAAAUAAAUAUAAGAUCGUUUAUUUCAAAAAUGUUAUAAAACCUAAAUGAUUCAUGGUUUUGUUGGACUUUACAAAGUUGUAUCUUACAACGUACUUAAAUAUGAACAGUAUUAACUAUUUAUUACCGGACAAGUUUUUUUAACCAAACUUUGUAAAAUCAAUUCAUUUCCAAAAUGGAUAUUUUUGGGACUGUAUCAAAGGGAAACUGACAAAAAGGCUGUGAAAGCAAAUAUAAAUGUAUAAUUUAACAAUUAUCGAUCAUAUAUUCUUGGUUGUAAAUAAUAUAUCUAAUAAAUUUAUUUAUAUAUUUA